AUGGUGUUCAUUACCGAAAGUCUUAUACGAAAACGAGCGGAACACAACGAGGGCGAGUUAUCGACACUUGAAGAAGUGUCACUUCAUCAACAAGAUAUUGAACGAAUCGAACAUUUAGACAAAUGGUGUCGAGAAUUACGUAUUCUCUAUUUACAGAGCAAUCUCAUUUCCAAAAUCGAAAAUGUCGGUCGAUUGAAAAAGCUCGAGUAUCUCAACUUGGCGCUAAACAACAUAGAAUACAUUGAAAAUCUCUCAGGAUGUGAAUCAUUGAAUAAACUAGAUUUAACAUUGAACUUCAUCGGAAUAUUGUCUUCUAUUGAAAACCUUCGUGAUAAUAUUCAUCUAGCUGAUCUAUAUCUGACUGGUAAUCCCUGUGUUGAUCACGAAGGUUAUCGCGAGUAUGUUAUUGCUACAUUACCACAACUUCGAAGAUUAGAUGGAAACGAAAUCACGAAGACUGAACGAAUUUUGGCAUUACAGAAAUAUGAUAGGAUUUCGAAACAGAUUGAAGAACUAGAUCAAGCGUAUGCAGAAAAACGAAAAAGCCAAGUCGAUGACUAUGCACGUACGAAAUCCGAACGAGAUGCUGAUGAAAACUUUUGGGAACGACGAACAGAAUACACACCUGAAUCACGUCUUGAAACACACGAAUCUGUGAAAAAGAAACGUGAGCGUGAAUCAAAAGAUACAAAAACUGAGUCAAAACCUGUUCGUCAAUAUAUGGGUGACGAUGGUCAUCCACUCAAUUGCAAUGAACCAAAAGUCGAUUUCAAAUUGUAUGAAAGUGACGAUGAUCGAAAUAUCAUCCUCGAUGUUGCUGUCUUUCGUCAUAUGGACACGUCACUUGUUGAUAUUGAUGUUCAACCUACCUAUAUUCGUGUUUCGAUUAAGGGAAAAAUUUUACAACUCGUCUUAUCAGAAGAAGUAAACACAACACGUUCCAUCGCUGAGCGAUCCAAAACAACAGGACAUCUAGUCAUUACCAUGCCCAAGAUCAAUGUUAAAGAAUCCAGAACAACAGUUGAGAGCAAAUCUCGAACAACAGAAAACAAAAGUGAAGAGAACAAAAGUUCAACUCCAUCGAAUUAUCUUGAACUUGAUUCUCGACCAGUGAAAAGUGUCGAUUACACUCAGAUUAUUAGUCAAAACAAAAAGAAUGCGCAAUUGAAAACAAGAGCAAUUCCACAAAAAGAACGAGAGAAUUCUGCUAAUUUUAUUGAUGAUCCUGACGUGCCUCCACUGAUCUAA